AUGUCUUUCCCGCUCGCGGGCAAAACUGCGAUUGUCACCGGCGGCGCAGGUGGGAUCGGGUUUGCAGUGGCCUCGAGGUUCGCCCGUGAAGGGGCAAGUGUGGUUCUAGUUGGCCGCUCCCAACGCAACCUGGAAACGGCAUCCGAAAAGCUCAAAUCGUCCAUCCCGACUACAGGGAUCACACCCAUUCAACAGCAUGCACAUUUUCGGAUGAGCGUGGACAAGCCGCAGGACUGGGAAAGAUUGGCGGCAAAGUAUCCCAAAACACACUACCUCAUCAAUUGCGCCGGCGAAACCCAGCGCUCCCUCCUCUUCCAGCUCAGCGAGGAGGGCAUAAACGAGCAAUUAUCCAUCAAUCUAUCCGGCGCCAUCUACGGAGCCAGAUAUGACGAAGAUAAGGGGGUUUCACCCUCAUCUGCGUGUAUCAUCAACAUCUCGAGCUUGCUCGCGUACAGGGCGGAUAAGGGCACGUCGGUGUAUGCUGCUGCCAAGUCUGGGCUACACGGUCUGACUACCUCGCUUGCUCACGAACUGAGUCGUCACCGAAUUCGCGUCAACACGGUUGUGCCAGGGUACAUCUUAACCAACAUGACGAAGGAUAUCGAGAAGCAAUCAGAACUGGCCGAAAGGAUACCUGUCGGCCGGUUCGGCACCCCCGACGAGGUCGCCGAUGCCGUCGCUUUUCUCGUAAAGAAUGAGUAUGCGAACAACUGCAUGCUCAACCUUGACGGCGGUUUGAGUGCCGUGUAA